GGGUUCUCACUCGCUCUUCACACACACAUACACACCAAUACCAUACAAUGUCCACUGCGGCCGAGAUCUAUGCCAAGGCCAACGAUGCCUUUUUUGACGACGAUUACGACGAAGCGUUGCAACUGUUCGGUGAGGCCAUUGAAUUGGAACCCACCAACGCCGACUUUUUACUAAGACGGUGUGUCGUCUAUCAGAAAUUGAACCAACUUGAUCAUGCUCUCAGUGAUGCUUCCAAAGCAUUGACGCUGUUGGAAACGAACCAAGGUGCUCGAAGUCUUCUUGCCAGAGCGCACUUGCAGCAAGGCAUUGUCUUGCAUCGACUGGGCCGAUACGCUGAAGCACAACGUCAUCUUGAAAACUCGAAAGAACUCAAUCCUGCAGAAAAAACGCUCGUCACUUGGAUUCGUAAAAACCAAGAAAAGAUUCCCCAAGUAACGCCUCCCAUUGUUCCAUUGCAGCCAUCGUCUACCGCAACUCCGCCAUCCAUUCGCGCAAGACAUGAAUGGUUCCAAAAUGAAAAAAAUGUAACCGUGGAAAUUUUCAUCAAGAACCUUCAACAAGACGCUGUGCAAGUCGAGUUUUAUGAUCAAUCUUUAUCGGUGGUUAUUAGAAUGCCUACGGGAGGAGAAUUCUCGCUUGAACUCGAUCCGUUGGCACAUGAAAUCGUUCCCAAAGAUUCCUCUUUCAAGAUCCUAUCCACCAAAGUAGAGAUCAGACUGAAAAAGAAAAUGGAUGGCAUCAUGUGGGGAGCCCUUGAAGGAAAUGACGGACAAGGUCAACCUAUGGCAUCGAGCGAGACGACCAAAGCACGGCAACCCAAGAACUGGGAUAAACUUGUAAAGGAGAUUGACAAUGAUCAGGAUAAACCGGAAGGCGAAGCGGCUUUGAACGCGCUCUUCCAACAGAUUUACAGUAAUGCCGACGAUGACACCAAACGGGCCAUGAUGAAAAGUUUUGUUGAGAGCAACGGAACGUGUCUUUCCACCAACUGGUCCGAAGUUGGUAGCAAAAAGGUGGAAACAAGACCACCUGAAGGCAUGAUUGCCAAAAAGUAUGACUCUUGAGGAUGCGUGAAUACGAAAAAUAAAAAAAAAGACUGGAUUCAAUCUGUAUGGCAAUAAAGUGAUAAUGGUUUGGUGCAGAU